AUGUCGAUAGAGAAAAUGGCGAUGCAGCGGAUCGAGAAGGAGUUCAAGGAUGUGACUUCGAAAGACUCCUUGUACAUUAUCAGUAGAGACUCGAACGAUUUGUUCAAAUGGAAUGCGAUGAUUCAAGGUCCAUAUGGUUCUCCAUACGCCGGUGGCAUGUUUAGCAUCGACAUUAAAUUUCUUAAAAAUUAUCCUUUUUCAGCACCCAAGCAUCCAAUUAUCAAUUCUGAAGGAUCAAUAUGCCUUGACAUUCUUAAAGACAACUGGGACCCGCCUCUCACAGUUGAAAAGGAUGGAGACCUAUAUGACCAGGAUGGUCAUCUGCGUAAUGCAACAUGUCAGAAACUAGACGCUCAGCGGAAUGUAAUCCCUGAUGCUGAUGCUACAGGAGCUGCUCAACCUGUAGAAGAGGCCGCUCCACCAAAGGCACUGGCCGACUACAAUCAUCCAGACGAGUACUACACCAACAGAUCAGCUAUUCGCCUUCCAGAGAUUCAGAAGGAGAAUUUCGAGCUUAAGCCUCAGUACUACACACUCGUGUCGCAGCUACCGUACUCUGGGUUACCGCACGAGCAUCCUAUGGACCAUCUGGAGAGGUUCGUGGAUCUUAUCGCUGCUAUUCGUAUGGAUGGAGUCCCUUAG